CGUAGCAUAUUGCACUUCACCAAUCAACAACGAAGAGCUAGGAUUUUGGUGGCGUUUGUUGUCGAAAGUUGCACGUGCAGAAAGGCUAAACAAUAUCUUCUAUUUUAUUGCCCCCCCCCCCCCCCCCCCCCCCAAAAAAAAAAACAAUGCAAGACUACCUUUAAUACUAAUACACAGAGCAGGUUCAGCCGGUUUUACACCAUCCCACACCAUAUCCCCCUGAGGAGCCCUUCAUCAUCAUCAUCAUCAUCAACAACAACAAUAAUGCCCAGGCGACGGAAGAGUAGAAUCCGAGAGGCCUAUGACGAGCACUUUUCAGAGAGCACGGUAACAUACCCAAGAAUUGUGAGUGCUGUCGAGAGGAGGACGGCUGUGACAAGACCGGAGCAAGACUAUGACAGAGAAUUUGAAUAUGAAACCAAUCAGUAUAGCGGCAUUCAAAGUUACCAUGAUGAUGACCACAGAGGAUACCGUAGCGACAGGAUACACACAGGAAGUGAUCGAGGAUACCAUGGAGACAGUACACCCAUAGGAAGCAUCCGAGUGAGGAAUUCCCCACCUCCCCGACAAGAGGAUUACAGAGAUUCCUACUACAGGGACUCCAGAGAUAAUUCUCUGAUGGGGUGUCAAGGAGAGAUGAGGAUAAGCAGCAGAGCGGGCUCCCACCUCAGCAGCAGAGUUAAAGGAAUAGCUCCUCUCUCGAGGACCGUGUCUUCGGCAGCUAACCCCGAUAGAGUGGACCCCAAUCUGAUGCAGACCCUCAUGUACUUGGACCGAGGAGAGGACCCUGAGGGUCUUAGGCGAAGGGGCCUGGACCCCUACGCUGUAGGCCCAGCCGGGGACACUUACAAAACGGUACGGGAUCGCCCUCCCAUCAGGAUGGAUAUCUCACCAGGCCCUGUUAUCCUGCGCUCUGGGUCCAACACCAGCAAAAGGAGCUACUCCCCAGACAGGGACCAGAAGAGCUUCUCCUACCAGCAGAGCCAGCAGAAGAGGUAUAACGAAGAGCCUCACAGCCAGAACAGAGAACCUGAUAAGCCCAGGUUGCUAAGCCACACCAGAAGUACCUCCCUAGACGGAUCAGCGAAAACCUAUGUGGCAAUCAAGGAGGAGAGUGUCCCCACACCAGCCCAGUUAGCGGGGCCGAAGGAGACGUUGUCGGCCAAGGAGACGUUGUCGGCCAAGGAGACGGUGUCGGCCAAGGAGACGGUGUCGGCCAAGGAGACGGUGUCGGCCAAGGAGACGGUGUCGGCCAAGGAGACGGUGUCGGCCAAAGAGGAGACGGACCAGACGCAGGACAACUUUAAGACACGGCGCUCUCAAGCCAUCGCAGCUAAAGCGCUGGAAAUCGAGAAGCGGUACAAGCAGGACUGCGAGACAUUUGGCACGGUGGUGAAGAUGCUGGUUAUCAAGGAGCCCAGCCUGGAGAAGAUGCUUCAGAACCCUCUGAAGGACAACCUGAUUGAGAUCAGGGAGCGUUGCCUUGACGACCUCCGACACUUCAUCAUAGAGCUGGACCAGGUCAUAAAGCCUCAACCAUCAACAUGAGGGGGAACCACAAAUCCCUUACUACAUGGCAGGAUUGAUGGACCAGAGGUGGAGUUUGGCCGGUGGUAUAGACAUUGUGAGAGGAGGCAAUCCUGUGUGAUAUUCUCUCAAUACUGUGUCAAUAAGAGAGAAACUUUCAAGUAACUUGAUUUUAUUGAAAACAUGCUUAAUUGAGAAUAAGUGUUUUAUUUUCACCAACCUUUUCUGAGUUGAGAUGCAUGUCCAGAUCUACCACUCAGAUGUUUUCUAAAUAUAUCUUAAAAAACCUAAGCCUGUGCAACAUUAACCAAUUAAAAACUGUUCUGUAGCAAUGAGGUUUGUACAGUAAGCUAAAGGCCAAAUACAUUAUCACUGCAUGUUGGCUUCGCUUUAAUUUCCCAGCCAAUGCAUUGUUGUUCGGACCAUUUAAAAAUAUAUAUAUUUCCAAAUUUGAGGUAAGCUAUAUGAUCACACAGUAAUAUAGAUCAGUUGUUGUAUUACUUGUGAGUCGAAGCUAAGUGAGCAUAUUUAAAUAAUUAGCUUUUAAUUUUACUGGGCUGAUGGUGCCUGUAUCUGAUGGUCAGUCUCAGCAGUCCGUCUCUCAACAUCCCUCUACUCUCCCUUUCCUCCGCUGACACUGACCAAAAAGGACACGGUCAUCCAGCUGAUGGCGGAUCUCCACUCGCAUCAUUCUCUCUCUCUCCUAAUAAAUCUCACAGUAUCUGUAGCUUUCCUUCACGCCUGCUACGUUACUGCAGACACGGUAAUCUGAGCCAUCCGAUUGGCCAGCGGUAGGCGUUUUAGUGCACUUCAUUUGCUCUGCAGGCCCGCCGGGAACGCAGAGUUUGUACCUUCAGACAAAUGAAAUGGUUCAAAAUCGAAACCCUUUGCCUACCCGGCGUGCAGGGCAGCUGAAUCAGGUGCACCUACCUGCAACAGCGCAAGACAAAAAAAUGAUACAAACUCAAGGAUUUUUUAUUUUUUGUACAUAAAUGUUUGGGAUUGACAAGAAAUGCUUUUGAGAUCGACCAGUUGGUCGCAACUGCUUUGGGGGUCAUAGAAGAAAAUUUUGGGGAAAACGAAGCGUUCUAAUUUGAUUGGCUUGUUACAAUGCUGUUCUAGAUUUCAGACUUGAAAAGAGAAUCCUGCCAUCAUUACUCUAAAUGUCCACCUGUCAUUUCUUUACUCUGUCAUCCACUACUACUGGCUUUCUGACCAAGUUGUAAACAACCUAAUCAUACAGAGUUUGCAUAUUUUUGUGUAUUUACUGUCAUAUGUUCUGAAGUUCUUUACAUCUUAUUUUCUAUUUGGUAAUAAAAGUGAUGUAACAAC